GUUUUGAGAACAAAAUGGCGUCAAGUGGAAUAAGUGUAAUUCGUUCUUUCAUCAAAAUCUUCAAGGCAGCCUACCUAUGGAUUGGUAUACUGUACAUAUAUAUAACAACAUUUGGUCUAAUAUUGCCCUGGUUGUGUCAAGAUCUUGGCUAUUCAUCGUAUUAUAACCCAUCUCUUCAAAGUAAAGAAAAAAUAGAUUUGGCAAAUGACAUGAGGACUUCCAUAGCGUACAAGACGUUGAGAAAAAUGCCUAAAAAAUUCAAAUCWAUACAAGAUAUUUCAAGUUAUUACARUCCGAAGUAYAAAGAAAGCAGCAUAAAGGUCACUUUUGUAGUUGUAAGCGUAAGUAGGCCUGCAAAUCCUCAUUAYUUAGUCCAAGUUGUUUCUCGUCUUCUUGACCAGACACUGAAAAAUAACSUGGAAAUAAGCUCAAAAAUCAUUGUYUUURAUGCUGAUGAGAAGCCUUCCCAAAACAAAGAUAUAGAAUUCGUUUCAAAKUAUGUGACUGUUGUCAGCAAAGAGGAUCUAAAUUUCCGAAAUGAUACCUCUGACUUGCAUGUUUAUGAGAAAGAGAAGCUUGACUACUUGUUGGCUUUGCAGCUAGGAAUUCAAGAAAAUGCAGAAUACACCGUUGUGAUAGAAGACGAUGCCUUACCAGAUAUCAACUUCAUACGAAACUUGAGCUUUCUKAUUAAAUGGAAAAUYCCWUGGCUUCRUUCUUUUCCAAAAUGGGCUUUCAUAAAGCUUUACUAUCCAGAAAAAUGGCAAGGYUUUGGAAACACAGAAAUACCCGAAUUGGUUGUUAUUUUCUUGAUCAGUGGUGCACUAUCUACAAUUUUGUGUUUAAGACUUGGAAAUAAUCAAGGYUUAGKRACAKYGCUUUUUAUAUUCAUCACYAGUGGRGSGUAUUUCACMUGUGUGGCUUAUACUAUAGGCAGAGCGCAUUUAAUUGAACUUGGAAAAACCUCAGMAAUAUUUUACAGAAUCACCAAGGCACAGGGUUGCUGCACGCCUGCUGUUUUAUAUCCCAAAGAACACAUAAGUGACCUUGUUCAGUUUCUCAGGAAGAAAACAUGUUCUGUAGAUUAUCCAUUUGAUUUUGCUCUGGAUGAUUUUGUCACAAGUAAAAAGCUAGUGAAAUAUUUAGCAAGCCCUAACAUGUUCUCACACAUUGGAUUCCAUUCUAGUUUGAAUAAGGCUGAUAAGGAUAUAAGAGAAUUUUCACUAUUAUUUAAUCCAUGAUUUUUUUCAAGAGGAUAUAAACUUGGAUAUAUACGCAGAGGUACAUAUGUUUUCCUCGAGUGUUAAAAACAUCUCACACGAGUGAUCGAGAGGAGCAGACACUGAGUUAGCUCAUAUCAGAAUAUAUUUUCUAGAAUCAAAAUGACCACAAAAAUUGUCACAGGAAUCGCCAGUGUAAACAGGCCUUAAGCCUUAAACAAAUUAAGCUGUUGCCACCAUGUUGGGUGAUCAAACAACAGAAUAAGAGAGUUUAAUGAGGUAUGCAUUGUUAUCUUUGUUGAACAUUGUGGCUGACAAAGAAUAGCAAAAAAUACACCUGGUUUUCCCUGUGGCCUUUCAUUGUUUCAUUAGUGCAAUAUUGUAUGUUUUUAGCUUGCAGUUAUUCUUUUUCAAUGUUUUGUUUUGUUUUGUUUUGUUUUGUUUUUUUUUUUUUGUUGCAAAAAGGGUUAUUCAGAGGCAUUUUUGUAUAAGUGAGAAACGUACUGUGCCAUAUUGUAACCGUAUCAGUACUGUGCCAUAUUGUAACCGUAUCAGUACUAUAAUCCCAAUCAAAACAUUCAAACCUGUAGUAACCAUACAUAUUGUAACAGUUAACGUUUCUCACUUAUAAGAAAAUGACUCUAGUGUAUGUGAAUGAACUACAGAACAGUGUCAUUACCUUUUGCUUCAUACAUCGUUCUUGUUCAGUGCCAUAGUCUAUUAAUCAGUAAAUACAGAAAAAUAUUUUGAWUUUUUUCAUGGUACAACAGCAUUUACUCUAGACAGAGAUAUUUACAAAGUAUAUAAAUUUAUAUUGAUUAAAAUUUAACUAAAAGUGGUCUAAAAACUCCAAGAUUGUAUAGYCACAAGGAGAGAAUUGGCAUGCAACAAGAUUUGCUAGGGUUGUACUCCAUUAUAAGGCCUUAUCAGCUAUAUAUAGACCUACAGCAUGUAGGUGACAUAGAAUAUUUUAUUACAGUAUGUUUUGAAGAACAUAUGAUUAAUUGAAUGAUGCAUUGAAUAGAAAAAAUAUCUGAAAAUAUUAUCAAAUGAUUUAUUAAGAUAUAAAGCAAUACUUUGUUCUUUAUUUAUGUCCAAUA